GUGAGAUAGCCCACGAACACCCGCCACAUUCACAACUUGUGAAUCACAGAUUCACAAGCCACAAAAAACACCAGUCCGCAUGGCUGCUCCGGCGGUUGAGGGCGCGGCAGUGGUGGCGCUCCGGUCGGUCAUGACCCGGGUCCGGCAGGCAGCGGAGCGGUCAGGUAACAUAGCUGACCGUGUCCGGGUCGUGGCGGUUUCGAAAACCAAGCCGGUCUCUCUCAUCCGCCAAGUCUAUGAAGCUGGCCACCGAUGCUUUGGCGAGAACUACGUCCAAGAAAUCCUCGAAAAAGCUCCUCAGCUUCCUGAAGACAUAGAAUGGCAUUUCAUUGGGCAUUUGCAGAGCAACAAAGUCAAGUCGCUACUCACUGGAGUCCCAAAUAUGGCAAUGAUUGAGGGUGUAGAUAAUGAGAAGAUGGCAAAUCAUCUUGACCGUGCAGUUUCAAGCCUUGGAAGAAAUCCUUUGAAGGUUUGUGUCCAAGUGAAUACCAGUGGAGAAGCAUCAAAAUCUGGCAUCGAUCCUUCUGGCUGUGUCGAACUUGUAAAACAUGUUAAAUUGCACUGCCCAAAUCUAGAGUUCUCUGGCUUAAUGACAAUAGGGAUGCCAGACUAUUCAUCAACUCCAGAGAACUUCAAGACUCUAUCGAACUGUAGAACUGAGGUUUGCAAGGCACUUGGAAUGAUGGAGGAGCAAUGUGAACUGUCAAUGGGCAUGUCUGGUGACUUUGAGCUGGCGAUUGAAAUGGGCAGCACCAAUGUGAGAGUUGGAUCCACCAUAUUCGGCCCAAGGGAGUACCCCAAGAAACAAUCAAAUUAGUAUCUUCAAGUUGCGUACUGUUGCUCUUACAGGAGAAAAAGAAAAGCGCCUUCAUGAGCUUGCUUGACGUACUUAUAUAUACGACUUGUUAGCAGAAUAGAAAAAGAAUUGUACUUUUUAUCUGUAUCUCAUUUUUUAUGUAAAUCAAUAUGAUUACCAGUUCAAUUUUAUAUAUUUUUCGUUCAUUAA